AUGAAAGUAUUAAAUUUUCUACAGUUCAUCUUGCUUAUUGCUACUAGCUAGGCAGCUGCAUCAAUAUAAAUUGCCACUAAUCUAAAUAACUGCCUUAACUGCAUUAAUUCAGGGUAUGACUUUUGCUCAGUUGGUGCUAUCAAUGGGACAGUAAUUCCAAGCACAGGAUCAUGUUGCUCAGGAAUGAAAGGUUAUGAUGAAACUUGUGUUCCCACCUAAGAUGCUUGCACCUAUAUGCCGAACUUGUCAACCAGAUUUAAGAAGUUUAGCUAUUGUGCUAAAUCUACACAGUGUCCUAAGUAGGUGGGCAUCAAUGGAUAUUAUUUAAGCGCUUUUAAUACACUAAGCUAGAGUAUCGGUAUCACAAAGAUCACAGAUUUUGGCACAUGCUACUAUGUGAUGCUUAAUAAUCUAGAUUAUCCUGUUUAUGUAAAUGUCUCCUCUGACUAGCCAGGAAAUCUGGUAGCAUAUUAUUCUCCUGUUGAUAACUUCAUGAAGGAGGACUAGUUUAUCACUCCAAACUAUACAGCUUUGAGCAUCAAUAAAUUGACAAUGCUACCUCCACAUUAGCAUUAUUAAAUUGGAGUCACAGUGUUAAAAACUGGAUUAACCUAUAAUAUCGAGUAUUACAGACAAGAAAUUGAUUUCUCUGCUUCAAACUCUAUAAUAAUCCGUGCUAUUGUACCAAUAAUGAUGGUUUUAGUAUCAAUUUUAAACUAUAUUUUAUGA